CGUUUAUGUGAAUGUGUGUAUAGAUUGAGUUCUGACAAAACUAAAGAAGCUAAAGCUAAACGGUACGCUGGUAGCAGUCUUUCGUGGAUGGUUUACAGAAACUCACGAUAUAAUACGUUGCAACUCAGAUGUGUGUAUACUAUACAGUAGUGUGUGUUGUCUGUUAAAAACAGUUGAAAAUUGUCUCGGCACCGACCGAGUCACACAAGUGUCGGUUUUAUCAUACACAAUAGUCAUCAGUGAGCUUUAUAAUACAUAAAACCAUAAAACCACUAGUCAUCAAUCGUAUUUCAUAUAAAAUAAUCAGAACACAAAUAUAUUCUCAAUAUACAUUAAUAUUUUUAAUAAUAAUAAUAUUAGUUAUUAUUGUCAUAAUAAUGUAUAGUAUAAAUUGUGUUGAUGGAUCCAUUGUGAUCCUUAAACAAAAUUCCAUAACAUCGAUUCAUCGUUCGUAAGUUUUGUGACAAUAAAUAAAUCUCAGAAGAAUAUUAUAUAUUUUGUUAAAUCCAUAAAAUAAACUGUCUCUUUAAUUACGAUUUAAUUUUUUGGAUUUAAGACUAACUAACUGAGUGCAAAUAAGAUGUUACGAAAAUAAUCACGAGCUCAUGCUCAAAGCAUGUGCUUCAUCUAGACAGUAAGUGUUAAUGUGAUAGAUGUUUUAUGGAUUUUAUACGUACAUAUAAAUAUAUCUAUAAAUGUGUACAUAUCAAAAUGAGAAAAAGUGAGAGGCAAAGCGGGGGCGUAAAAAAACGAGAGGUGUGUUCUAGCCUCCACCUCCUUCUUCAUCUUAUUCGACUGUGAUUCGCAAACUCAUAUUAUAUUAUAAUAUUAUACAAUUGUGACAGUUUUGGUUUUAUUGCUAUCAAUGUUACCGUUUAUUUUGGUCCAUAAAUAAUUGGAGCACAAGUAAUAAUUAAAAUAACAAAAUGCCUGGGUUAAUUGCGGUGAGUGAAUUUGUUGAGGAGACAAGGGAGGAUUAUAACUCACCAACCACCUCAACUUUUGUAUCACGGAUGCCACAAUGCAGACAAACCAUAACUGCACUUGAAGAAACCCUGGACUUUGAUCGUGAGGGUUUAACGAAACUGAAGAAGGCGAUCAAAGCCAUCCACAAUUCCGGAAAUGCGCACGUGGACAAUGAAGUUUACUUGGGAAGAGCAUUGGAAAAAUUGGGAGAUGCUGCACUUAAAGAACAAGAGCAUGAUAUUGGUGCAGCUUUCUUUAAAUUUGCCGUUGUUACAAAAGAACUCAGCGCAUUAAUGAAAACUCUUAUGCAGAAUAUAAAUAAUAUUGUAAUGUUUCCACUGGAUUCAGUGCUGAAGGGCGACCUGCGAGGCGUCAAGGGCGACUUGAAGAGGCCUUUUGAAAAAGCCUGGAAGGACUAUGAGGCCAAGUAUGCAAAAAUAGAAAAAGAAAAAAAACAACAUGCUAAAGAAGCCGGUCUUAUACGAUCGGAAGUAACACCAGCUGAGAUAGCUGAUGAAAUGGAAAAAGAACGUCGUUUAUUUCAAUUACAAAUGUGUGAAUAUUUAAUAAAAGUUAAUGAAAUAAAAACUAAAAAAGGGAUUGAAUUGCUGCAACAUCUUGUCGAGUAUUAUCAUGCUCAAACAAAUUACUUUCAAGACGGCUUGAAGACUAUUGAACAUUUUGGAUCUUACAUUGCAGAUUUGAGUGUUAAAUUACAAAAGAUAAGACAAACACAAGAUGAAGAGCGAAGACGUUUAACUGAAUUAAGAAGUCUCUUGAGGAGUUCUGGUUGUGAUAAGGAAUUGAAUGCAAACGCCAGUGUGGGAUACUCGCUUCAUCAGCUGCAGGGCGACAAACAGCACGGAGUAACUCGUUCAGGCCAUCUGUUAAAAAAGAGCGAGGGUAAAAUGCGACGUGUUUGGCAAAAACGUCGUUGUGCUGUUCAAGCAGAAGGUUAUCUUGAUAUUUGUCAUGCUGAUGAAAACAAACCUCCUACAAGAGUUAAUUUAUUAACAUGUCAGAUAAAAUUGGUACCAGAUGAUAAACGUGGUUUUGAUCUCAUUAGUUACAAUAGAACAUAUCAUUUCCAAGCAGAAGAUGAAGCUGAUCAACGUGCAUGGAUGUCAGUACUUGUUAACUGUAAAGAGCGAGCAUUGCUGAAAGCAUUUGAUGCUAGUGGUAAAGCUGAAGCUGGUCAGGGUAAUCCGAGUCUUGUUGAACUUCAGCAAGCUAUUAUACGAUGUGUAUUGCGAUUAGAUGGAAAUGAUAAAUGUUGUGACUGUUCAUCACAAAAUGAUGCAACGUGGUUGUCAACAAACUUUGGUAUAAUAGUAUGCAUCGAAUGCAGUGGUAUUCAUCGGGAUCUCGGUGUACAUAUAUCAAGGAUACAAUCGUUAACUUUAGACAAUGUUGGUACGUCACAAUUGUUACUAGCACGUUUUAUGACUAACCAAGCAUUCAAUGAAGUUAUGGAAGCAACUUUAAAUCAUCAUCAUAAACCAACUCCAACGUCCACAAUGGAAGAGAGAUACGAAUUUAUAAGGGCUAAAUAUGUCGAUAAAAAAUAUGUAUUGAGAACUUGUGAAGAUGAACGAGAUCUAUUGUCUGAUCUCGAGCAUGCUGUUAACAAUAAAGAUCUUCAGCAUUUACUCCAAGUUUAUGGUGAAAAGGUUGACCUGGCAGCUCCAUUACCUACUUCAGAUGUCGGAGAAACGGCUUUGCAUUUGGCAAUUUUACGAGAAAUAGGGGGUAAUUGCCUCCAUAUAGUUGAUUUUUUAAUACAAAAUAUGCCGGUGGGUAAUAUAGACAAAAUUACAAGUGAGGGUGAAACGGCACUACAUCUUUCUGCAAGGCACGAUCGAGCGGAAGCUAUGAAAUUGCUGUUGCGCGCUGGCGCAGAUCCAACGCUACGUAACAAACAAGAAAAGACUCCGUUGGAUAUUGCCCAGGAAAUGGGUCAUCCAACUUGCAAAGAAUUGCUAAGCCAUGCAUUGCAACGACAAAAAACAUUGUUUGAUAAUGUUAAUAUUGAUUGGAAUCUAUCACACGAUGAAGGCUCGACUGACUUUUCUGAUGAUGAAACAAUAAUUGAAGAUCGAAAUGGAUGUUUAACGCCUGAAAAGAAAUCACGAAGCAGACCACCUUCUUAUGCCGGUGGAGGUGGAUCUGGUCCAGGAGAUUCUCCGAUUACCCUUCGAAGUCGAAGUAGCACCUGUGACAGUUUUCAAAGUGGUUCCUCGCCAAAUUCUAUUACAAGUAGACAGCAAAUGCCACCACCACCCCCUCCACAAUCUAGAAAACCAGUCGUCAUUCCCAGUCCAAUGGGACCACCAGAGUACAGUCUAAAUAUUCAUGGGUCACUAAAAAAACGUGUAGCACCACCUCCACCACCUGGAAACGGCGGGACAAUGCUGACAGCUCAUUAUGGGACUUUACCAUCAUCAGCAAGUUUAGCGAGCUCUUCACACAGUAGAACAACCAGUGAGCCCAUUCUUGCGGGCAACGCAUUGCACAGUCUACCACAUUCACUGAACACACUGAAUAGUCUACAUCACAAAAGAUCACCCAGCAAUGACUCAUCAGUUAGCCACAGCAUGGAUAAAUCAAAUACGUCGACGUUACAAAGGCCAAGGAAUCCACCACCACCUGCACCUUCUGCCGGUAGCUCUGCAAGAUUAAGUAAUGGUCGUAGCAGUGAAUCCCUUAGUUCAAUGUGUUCUGAGCAUGGAAUAGGUAAUCCUAUACCUCCACCCCGGAAGCGAAGGGACCGAUCCAGACUUGAAAGCUACGCCGAGGAGCCCUCAUCUUUGCUCCCCAAUUUGAACCUGCCAAUGAUAUCAAGUUUAAAUGGAUUGCGACGAUGUCGAGCGCUCUAUGAUUGUGAUGCUGAUAACGAAGACGAACUUUCAUUUCGAGAGGGUGAAGUGAUAAUAGUCACCAAUGAGCAAACUGACGAUGACAAUUGGAUGGAAGGUGCGCUGGAGCGGGCACCCGAACGACGUGGAAUGUUCCCUAUAAGUUUUGUUCAUAUGCUUCAAGACUAACAUUCAGUUAGUUUAAAUUCAUUAGUGGGUAUUGCUAACUCAACGAAUAAUACCAGCAUUGUAAGCUUUAAGCAACAGCAACAUAAUUGGUCAGACAAUGAAGAUAAUUAAAACUACACACUAGCUAUUAUUAAAUGCUUGUAAAUUCA